AUUUUUUGAUAGUAUAUCAUGUUUCCUGUCAUAUUGAUGAUAGCUUUUGGUUAUUGCAGAGAAGCAAGGCCUGGAUACUGAAAUACCCCUUUCUCCUCAGUGGCUUAUGAAGGUGGGAGAAAACAAGGAUCCCAUUUCACAGGGUAUCCGCUCAGAUGUUUUGAAGACAUCAGGGAAUGGUGAAGACCUGGGCUACAGUGUGAACAAAGAAGAUGUCUUCAGGGCUUCUGUGCUUGAUGGUAAAACUGGGCGUCGUGACCGCUGGCGUGAUGACGAAAGGGAACCAAAUUCAACCCAUCGGUGGAGCCGCUGGAGGGAGAUGGACAAGGAACACGGUGAUACACGCAAAGUGGAAAGAUGGUCAGAUGACUCUUCCAAGUAUUCUGUGGAUAGUCGCCGUGCUCCACAGGAGCGCUGGGGUGAUUCCAAUAAUAAGGAAGGCAACUGUGACCAACGUCGUGAGUCUGAAAAUUAG